AUGUUCGACUCCUCCAAGGGUAACCGGCCGGGCUACGUCUACAACGAGAAGGACUGGAACCCCACGACGUACGAAGAAGCAACUCGAAAGGACAGCCCCGGCUUUGUGUCGUAUCUCGCGGCCAAGUCUUUCGCCGAGAAGGCUGCCUGGGACUUUGUCAGGGAUCGGAAACCCCAUUUCGACUUGGUCGCCAUCCUGCCCCCCUGGAUUUUCGGCCCGAAUAAGAAUGCCACCGCGAACCUGGCGAAGCUCAACAUGUCGUCCACCGAUAUCUAUAAGCAAAUGUCUCCUACAUGCAAGCCGACGGACCCCGUGCCUGUGAAUUCCUUCUGGAGCUGCGUGGACGUGCGGGACGUGGCCCAGGCGCAUGUGCGAGCCUUUGAGGUUCCCGAGGCGGGUGGUCAGCGUUUCUUCGUCUGCAUGGGGAAUUACAGCAACCAGCAGGUCGUAGAUAUCCUUCGUGAGAAAAUACCCGAGCUCAGAGACCGCGUGCCUGUGGGAAAGCCUGGCUCCGGCUUUGGAGGAGUGGAGUUAUAUACCCCUGAUAUGUCCAAGUCAAUCAGGGUGCUAGGGCUCAAGUAUCGCGAUCUUGACCAGACGAUUGUGGAUGCAGCGAGGAGCUUCUUGGAGCUGGAGAGGAAGGGACGCUCUUAG